CGCCCUAUAAGGGCGCCGCUCCCGCCCCCACCCUAUAGCGCGGCACGGCGGAGCCGGAGGUGGGGGCCUGGCUGCUGCCUGCCCGCGGCCAUGGCGUUGAAACCGGUGCUGGGCAAGCUGGUUAGCAAGAGGGUGGUGCUGGCCAGCGCCUCCCCGCGCCGGCAGGAGAUCCUCACCAACGCGGGCCUGCGAUUUGAGGUUGUUCCAUCCUGGUUUAAGGAGACUCUUGAAAAGUCAUCUUUUGCAGCUCCUUACCAAUAUGCCAUAGAAACAGCAAAACAGAAAGCUCUUGAAGUAGCAAACAGAAUGCAUGUAAAACACCUUAGAACUCCUGAUAUUGUUAUAGGAGCAGACACUAUUGUGACUGUGGAUGAGCAGAUCCUGGAGAAGCCAGUUGAUAAGCAAGAUGCAUAUAGGAUGCUCUCAAGGUUGAGUGGGAAAGAGCACAGUGUUUUCACAGGAGUGGCUAUUAUACAUUGCAGCAGUAAAGAUAAUCAGCUGGAAACAGAAGUCACUGAUUUCUACGAAGAGACAAAGGUGAAAUUUUCUGACCUGUCUGAAGAGCUUUUAUGGGAAUACAUUCAUAGUGGAGAGCCAAUGGACAAAGCUGGUGGAUAUGGAAUCCAGGCCCUCGGUGGAAUGUUAGUUGAGUAUGUCCAUGGAGACUUCUUGAAUGUAGUGGGAUUUCCUCUGAAUCACUUCUGCAAAAAGCUAGUAGAGUUGUACUGUCUGCCUUCUAAACAUAGCAUACACCAUAUAAAGCAUGACUCUAUCCCUUCUGUGGACACUUUUGAGAACCUAAGUGAUGGAGAAAGUGAAUCUUCAAAUUUUGCAGAGUGUAAAGGGGCUAACAAGUUGACUAGUAGCAGGACACAUCCUUCAGAACCUGUUUACAAUUCAGAAGACAGUUACUGUGUCAAAACUGGUUUUACGGUGCCUUUGGAAAAUCAGAACGGAGUGUUGGAAAAUGCAGCAAAACUCCCAUCUACAAUUAUAGAGUUGAUAGAUGGUUUUAGAGCUUCAAAGGCUCUGUUUGUAGCUUCUAAGCUGAAGGUGUUUGAUCAUCUGAAAGAUAAAGGUUCACUGAAUGCUGUGGAUGUUGCAAAUGAGGUUGGAGCUUCCCUGUGUGGAACAGAAAGACUCCUUGAUGCAUGUGCUGCUCUUGGAUUGCUGGAGAAAACACCUCAGGGUUACAGUAAUACAGAUUCAGCAAAUACCUAUCUGACAUCAGAUGGUAAAUACUCACUUCAUGGCUACAUUAUCCACUCUAAUGACCACCUUUGGCCUCUUUUUACAUACCUGGAAUCUGCUGUCAAAGAGGGAACCAGGCAGAACCAUCUAGCCUUUGGAAAGAAAACAGAGGACUUAUUUAAGGACUACUAUCACAGCCAGGAGGUGAAGAAGCGUUUUAUGGCUGCCAUGCACAGCAUUGCCCACCUGACAGCAAGAGAUGUGGCUACAGCAUUUGAUCUUUCACAAUUUAAAUCUGCCUGUGAUUUAGGAGGUUGCACUGGAGCUCUGGCUCAUGAAUUAGUACAAAUAUACCCAAAUCUGAAGGUCACUGUAUUUGACCUUCCAGAAGUCAUUGAAAACAAUUCGUAUUUUCAGCCUUCGGGACAAUGCACAGCUUCAGUGACAUUUGUAUCAGGUGAUUUCUUCAAGGAUAAUCUUCCAGAAGUAGAUCUUUACAUUCUUUCACGUGUCCUUCAUGAUUGGCCUGAUGAAAAAAUUCAUAUGUUAAUAAGCAAAAUAUCAGCUGUUUGCAAACCAGGCUGUGGGAUUUUGCUGGCUGAAAUGGUGUUGGAUGAUGAGAAGAAAAAGAGACGCACAGCUUUGCUGCAGUCUUUGAACAUGCUUGUGCAGACAGAGGGAAAGGAGAGAAGUGGUUCUGAAUAUCGAUGCUUACUGGAACAACAUGGAUUCACUGAUGUCAAAAUCAGAUUGACAGGAAAUUUGUUAGAUGCAAUUCUCUGUAUUAAGAACUAGAAAAAGAUGUAGUAGUAAAAUCCGAAUGUCUCAGUAGUCAGGCCUGAUAUUUUUCAAUUAUGCAGAUAUAUUUUCAGUUUCCUAUCAGUAUCAUAGACAAUAAAUGCUUUGUCAGCUUUCUGAAGUUACUUUUAAAAAGAGAAAGAGAUUGACUGCAUUUAUUUUGAGUGUUGAGUAAAACGAUGCCAGAAGAUUAUGGAAUUGUUUGGUGGCAGCGAUGUUAUGACUGCACAGCAUUCAUAGUACCCUCAGGAACAAGCCUCAAAUCGCGAAUGAUGACAGCUGCUUUACAGUAAUAUUGGCAUUGCUGAGAAAUCAGUUUCUUCAUAUUUGGUGCAAUUAAGAUGGUCUCAUUUUUAGACUACCGUAUGUCCUUCCCUGUUUCAGGAGAUUAAUGUAGGUAAAAUUUUUCUACUAUUUCUCUCUCCAUCAUCAUCCUUUUUAAUAUCAUUUUUAUUUUACACUCUGCUGUAAGUAAAGGAGCAUUGCCUUACUGCACUCCACAACUUGCUGGUACCUUUGCAUUCUACCACCUUCUAUCAUUUUUCUUUAACACUUUAUAUACUUUUUUGUUCCUUCUUUGCAUCUUUCUUCUUUCUCAACAUACUUUCUGCUUGUUCACUUUUCACAGGCCACAGCUUGAUCAGAGGGAAAUGUUUCAAAUGCCUUUUACAGUGGUUCGCCAUUAUUUCUUGCUCACCUUUCUUUCCUCAUUGUCUUAACAGCUGUGUUUGUGCUCCUUACAUAUUAAGAAAAAAUGCAGAUGUAGCCAGAUUCCAAAUGACUAUGUUUACUACCUAUAUGCAGGCAAGGUUAGCCUGAGAUGCUAGAAGUGUAACUGCCUCUGCCUAGCAUAUGCUCUUUGUUUUCCCCUUUUGCUCAUGUAUAGCUGAUUCCCAGAAUUCCUUCUCAUGUCCUUUCUUCAUGAUCAGUGCUCCACUCCAGCUCCAGAUUGUGUCUUCUCCUUUGUAACUUAGUCAAGAUGAUUGUGUGGCUACUGUCUUCAGUCACAGGGCUCCAGUUUCUUCCACUAACAUACUCCCAACUGUUCGCGAGUCUCAGCAAAUUGAAGGUUGUGGAAAAAAGCAGCUACUAAGAGACAUACUGUUCUUUUCAUGAUUGUACCCACAAACCUGGGUGGGAAGGCCCACCCUAAGUAACCCAGAAACGGAAUACACCAAGUGCUAAAUAAUAGACAAAUGCCUCAUCAGCUUGUGUGUGAAAAUCAAUGAUAAAACUCACAGUGUAAUGGCAUUUAUUGCCACUUGUAAUCAUCUCUCCCUCUUUCAAGACUUGAUCAUGAGGCAAAAAUAACCUUCUGCCUGUGAGAUCAAAUUGUAAGUCUUGCUAUAAGCAUUUGAAAACAAAAUGCUUUUGAGUACUGAAGGGUGAGAGAUCCAAGUUUCUCCCAUCCUUAGGAGUUGCCUUUGCACAUAUUGGAAAUUACACACACACAAAAAAAGCUAAACUGCAGUGUCCUAUUUAAUACUUUCUCAAAAGACAAAUUAUCUUCUGAUAUGGUAUGUGAUCAAUUAGUAUCACUGUAUCUGCCUGCAUAAAUGCUGCAGCCUAAGUAUUGUGCAUGCUGCACAAUAUCCUGCAGGCAACUUCAUCAUUCUUGUAACACUGACAUCUGAUGGAUAAUAUAUCAUGAUUCUGUAAAACCUGCAAGGUAAUAUUGUAUUCUUACUCUGCAAUUCUUAGCUGCAAAAACACUUUUCUUGGACUGUCAAUAGGUGCUUUUCGUGUCUACCUAUUACCAAUCUAACCGUUCCUUUUUCUUAAGAUUCAGUAUAGCCACUUUUUUGAAAAAGAAAGUUUUCACAGCCAGUAAGAUCGCUUCAGAGACAAUUUCCAAAAAUUCAAGUGGGGAAAAACAAAAAAACAGUGCAGGAUUCUCCAUCAUGGCUGCUAUAGUUUACUACUGCUGAGAAUGUUGAGUGCAUUUUUUUGUCUUCCUUUGUUUCCACUCGCAAGCGUGUUUCUGUUAAUAAUACAAAGCAGACUUCUUGCUUUGAGUGAUUUCCCUUGGCCUCUUUACUUCUGGGAACCAUGGAUUAUAAGAUAAAUGUAAAAUUAAUUAGGAUAGCUAGAAUCAUCUCAGACACUUGUGACAAGAGCUGGAAGCUUUGGUCUGGUCCUGUCAAUUGCUACUUCAUCACUCAAAUAAAAACACAAAGGGAAUAGUCUCUGUAGGAAUACCACAGUUAAAGUUGCAUGUGCAUCCCUGAGGAUAUGCAUCACAGCCUUUCAUUAUGUAUUUCCAAAAUACAGUCCUGUAACUCUGCAUGUAUCUAGCACUGUGUGGGCAGAGGCCUCAGUUCACUACAUCCAUUCAAGGGUUUAGAACAUAAAAUAGUGUACAACUGACUAUCUUUUCAUGUAUAAUAAACAGUAUAGUGUUGUAUUAAUACAUAAGAGUCUGUGAAGUAGAACUGUACCUAGCACAUCCUAUUCUCACUAUGGAGUAUUUGAGAGAUGCUCUCAUUUUGAAAUCAGUAAAGCACAAGUGCAUGUAAACAAUGGUUUUAGAUACCUCAGCUACUGCAGUUUUGUGGUCUAUCUUUAGUCA